AUGUCCAACGAAUUGAUCUUUAUCACCGGAGCCAGUGGCUUCAUUGGAAGCGCCACUGCAGUGGAAGCUCUCAAGGCGGGCUAUCGAUUGCGAAUUUGCCUUCGAAGGCCAUCUAAGCAGUUGGAAACCCUGCUGUCAGAGUAUAAUGACCAGCUUGAAUUUGUUAUCGUUCCAGACCUCACUGAUGAGACAGCAUUCGAUGGCAAGUUGAACGGCGUGGACUAUGUCCUUCAUCUCGCAUCCCCUCUUCCCCACGGGACCGACAAGCAAGCAUACUUUCCCCCGGCUGUGAAAGGAACCACUGCCUUGCUGAAAGCAGCAGCAAAGGUGCCGACCAUCAAGAAAGUCGUGGUUACCUCGUCCAUUGCGGCCUUGAUUCCGAUGUCUGGCAUUCCUGCUGGUGGUGUGAUCAAGGAGGACAACGAUUGGGACUUUUCCGUUGACGAAAAUGGAGAUUUCGAGGUCCCUCAAAACCCAGCUGCAACAGCAAUGCGGCUGUAUAUGGCCUCCAAACUUCUUGCAAACAAUGCAACUUGGGAGUUUCGAGAAACGGCUAAGCCACAGUAUGCAUUGGUGACACUGCAUCCUGCGUUUGUAUACGGUCACAAUCUUGUUCAGAGUUCUGCCGACGGAAUCAAGAUGGGGUCUAACAGUGGUUUGUGGGAUCUCAUUAUGAAGGGCGAUGCCACAAGAAGUACUGUGGGAGUGCACAUUCAAGAUGUGGCUGAAGCACACAUUAAAGCAUUGGAUCCCAAAAUCGUGGAUGGCUCGAAGUAUCUGCUGGCUGGGCCGAAGACCACGGGCCCGGAAGUUGCACGAAUUGUGCGAAGACUCUACCCAGAUUCUGGAGCAUUGAUCUCUGAAGAUAUCCAGUGUGUCUCGCUCCCUGUUGAUACGACCAAGGCGGAGACGGAGCUUGGGAUUCAAUGGCGCUCAUUCGAAGCGAUGGUGCGGGAUCUGAUGGAUCAGCAGCUCGGGUUCAUGUAG